AGUGGAAGAGACGACGGUCUCCAGCCCUGCUCCCUCUUUUGCUCGCCUCUCAACAUCUCUCUCUCUCUCUAUCUCUGAUUCUGGUUUCCUCGAGGUGUAGAGAGGGCGAGAGCGGGCAGCGAGCUGGGAUUUUUGGUAAAUAUCCAUAUUCCAGACCCAAGAGGAAGGUUUAUUGAGAGGAGAGCAGCGUGACACAAGGCAACUGUAGCAUCUUUCUUCUUAUCUAAAGAAGGAAAACUUCUGCCUGCAUUGAUUUUUGUCUUUAUGUUCAUCAAGUUGAGCUCUAGUACACAUUGUAGCUCAAAUGCCAGCAUUGAGCAUGAAGAGAAAGUCAAACGAGGGAUGUCUAAGAUUGCACAGUGUUCAUGCUCGUCAAAAGUUAACCAGGAGAUCAGAAAAAUUUGCUUCUCAGAUUAAUACAGAUGUAGAAACUUCUGAUCAAUGUUUCCAAGAUGAUGAUGGACAGCAGCAUCCAAAAGAAAUUGCUACAAGUACAGAGGAAUCAGGGUGUCGCUCAAGGACAACAGAAUCAGAUGGAGCAUCACCUCUAUUGCUGAACUGGUCCUCGUUAUCAUCUGAUGUUUUAUCCAUUGAAACAAUGGGUUCUCUAACAACACUGUUAACGUCUGAAGAGGAAACAAUUUUCUCACCCAAUUUUGAGGAUGGUGAUUCACAGUUGAAAAUAACUAAUCAUGGCGAUGGAGUUAAAGAUGAAACUCCUGAAUUGCCAAAUCUGGUUGCGGAUGAAGGUGAUGAUGGAAACAGUGGCCUGACUGAUUAUCAAGCUUGCAGUUUGUUGGAUAUCUGCAUCUCAGACAGUGUUCCUUCUUUACCAUUUGACAGUAGCAUGGGAUUUACAGAUGUUUCUUUACAUCAUUAUGAACUCACUAAUUCUGACAGACUUUUUGAUAUGGCGGAGAAGUGUGUGCAAAGGCGUAGUCAGGGCUGGGCUUUGCUGGGUUCUAGCCCAGUGAAGCCUAGCAAUGCCUAGCAAUUUUAGGCCUCACCCAGCAAGUAAUGCCCAGUAAUUUUAGGCUUCAACCUUGCUAUGCUGGGCUAAGUUUUACUGGGCUCAGCAGUUUUAGCCCAGGCCAGUUGUUCAGCCUAGCAAUGUCCAGUAAUUUUAAGCUUCAACCUUGCUAUGCUGGGUUAAGUUUUACUGGGCUUAGCAUUUUUAGCCCAGGGCAGUUGUUCAAGCUGGCUACGCCAUUGAGUGUGUGAUGCUGCCAUUCCUUGAGAAGACCAUGGAAACCAGUGACAUUCACAGUAAUGAAUCAAUUGAAGAAAUGAUGUUUAACUCAGAUGAUGCAUGCUUUUACUUAGCUACUCAUCAAGAAUUCAACAUGAAUUGUCUAUCUGGUGAUUUAGGAGAAACAGAAUGCUUCAGUCCGCAGUUAGAUUUCAGAUCCAUGCAUGAUAUACAGCCAAUUCCAUCCAGUUGUCCUUUAUUCCCAGAGGACGAAACACAGGAAAGGAAGCCCAUAACUCUUGUGCUCGACUUAGAUGAAACUCUGGUUCAUUCUUCGCUAGAUCACUGUAACGAUGCAGAUUUCACCUUUUCAGUUUUCUUUAACAUGAAGAAGCAUACUGUAUAUGUAAGGAGGAGACCUUUCCUACAGAUGUUCCUCGAGAGAGUAGCACAAAUGUUCGAAAUUGUUAUUUUCACAGCCAGUCAAAGCAUCUAUGCUGCACAAUUACUUGACAUACUGGAUCCAGAACAGAAAAUAUUUUCUAGGCGCAUCUAUCGUGAAUCUUGUAUAUUCGUGGAUGGCUGCUAUACGAAGGACCUAACUAUCUUGGGAGUUGACCUAGCCAAAGUUGCCAUAAUAGACAAUACUCCACAGGUUUUCCACUUGCAAGUUAAUAACGGCAUUCCAAUUAAAAGUUGGUUUGAUGAUCCAUCCGAUGAUGCUUUUAUUCAAUUACUUCCUUUUCUUGAAUCCCUAGUCGAUGCCGAGGAUGUUCGCCCAAUUAUUGCGAAAAAGUUUGGUAAUAAACUGUAGCCUGCUUUUUCUUGGGGAUGCCAUUGUCUCCUUGAACUCAGCAUAUCAGCUUGCAGGCUCACUUCUUCCUCGACCUAAUCAUAUUUAUAGAUUGCUAAUUUAUGCAAAUAGUUUUUUUUUAAAAAUUUAUUUAGAUUUGAUCCUGUUCUCACGCUCAACUACAAACGAAAUUGUAUCUAAUUUAUUCCCCAUUGAGCUGUAUAUUAUGUUCAGACGCAAUUGGUGGCUUGAGAAUUUUGUGGAGGAAAUAAAAGUGUUUGUUUAUACCA